AUGACAGAGAACCAGAUUGAGCUUCAAGCAUAUUUAACAACACUGGUGCUAACGGAAGAGGAAGAUUGUUAUGAAUGGGAAAUUGCGGGUAGAACAAGUAAUGCUUUCUCUACUGGUGAAGUGUAUACUUACUUAAGAGGGAGCAUCGCAACUGUGAAUUGGUCUCAUCUGGUCUGGUCGUCGUUUGGAAUCCCAAGACAGAGCUUCUUAACAUGGCUGGUGAUGCUUGAUAGAUGCCCAACUAAGGAUAGAAUGAUAAGCUGGGGACUUGAUGUUUCACCGACAUGUCUCCUCUGUAACUCUCAGCCAGAAUCCAGAAACCAUAUGUUCUUCGACUGCCCCUUCGCUUGUGUGAUAUGGUCUGCGAUUGCCUCCCGAAGAAGACUCCAUGCGUUGCAAAACUGGGAAGCGACAGUACUUCAGUUGAUGCAAUUAACUGGUACCAAACACAGUAAGCGUCUUACCCUUCUCUGCUGGCAGUCUACUAUCUACUUCAUCUGGCGUGAGCGUAAUGAUCGCCUCCACCGUGCCAUCUUUAGAUCACAAGAAUUAAUCAUUCGAGGGCUGGACAGGCUAAUCAGAAACAGGAUUCAGAGUAUAAGAGUUGAAAACCCUCGAUCAUCUAGUGCUAUGAUGCAAGACUGGCUGGGAUCAAACUGA